AUGUUAGCGGUAAUGUGGUGGCUUGCAGCUGCUUCUUAUUCAACCACAAAUUUUGUGGGGAAAUUCACGCAAAGUGUGCGUCGCAUCGUGCAGGAUGUCAAGGACGAAGGAGCGCCAAGUGGCAUGACGCGCGACGAGGUAAUCGAUACCAAUGAACGGUUGAGAGCUUUACGGCUGCGGCUGGAAGAGUCAUAUGACACAGCCAAAAAGGCGCUUAUAACCCUCAUGAAUAAAUAUGGAGAUUCGAAGAGCCAACGUAAUGUGUUCCAGCGUUAUCCAAUGCUUAAAAUUAUGAUAAAAGAUGUUAUACGCUUGGAAACGCAAUAUUGGACUUUGAUUGAUAUACCGAGACAGGAAAAGCAAGAAACGGUGCCCUCGUAUGUGAUGCGUGCCUGUGCGAUUAUGGAAAAGACGCAGAAGUCUGGUGAGGGUGUAAAGACCUCCGCCAAGUUAGCCGAGGAGGCAACGGAGAGGCGCGAACGCAUGGAGCGUUUGGAAUUCAUGACCACUGCACAAAUCGAACACGAGAAUACACAACUGAUAAAUGAUUUAUACCGUUUGCUGAAAAAAUACUUAGGUCUGCGGCAUUUAAUCAGAGUGCUCAAGGAGGAAUAUGGCAGCUCAAAAAUGUAUCCGAUUUUCCCGCGUUACACAAUGCUCAAAGAUAUGAUAAAAGGCAUCAUGCACGAUCCCGACUAUAUGGAGGUGUGUCAUGAAAUCAAUAACUGAAUGGCACACUAUACCACAACAACACACCUAAGACAUAACUAGUGGAUGCAGAGCAAAUAUAGCAAAAUAAAAUCAAAUCAAAGAAAACAUUUAGAUAAAAUUUGUAUGCAGAGCGAAUAGCAAAAUAAUCCUAACUAAAGUUGAAAAAAGUUACUAGAAGAAAUGUAGACGACCAGGAUGGAAUCCGUCGCUUGAAAUGGAUUGUAAGACUUAGCUAUUAUGUUACAUAAAUAAAAAUAUUAAAAUGAGUAUAAAUACACAAAAUGGCUUUAAUAAGCAAUUCACUAGCCAAAAUUUAGUUCUUACAAUGGAAACACCUUACAUACAAACAAACAAACUAAUAAAUAAACAACUAAACAGGAAUUUAAACUAUUUUCACUUGUACCUUUCUACAUGAAAUUUAUAUACACUAUACUAUACAAGCAUACAUACAUACUAACAUAUAUUUAUGGCACACAUACAAUACUCUACAAUAUAUACUAAGUACAGUAGAGAAACGUGUACCAGAGCGAGCUUUCCCGUGCAUUACCAACCAACUAUAUUAAAAUGCCAGGAAUUCAUAGAUUCGUUAAAUCGUUUGAAAGGACAGGCAUAGUUAACUGCAAACCGCAUCAUCACUACAUAUGCAUACACAUAAUCAUAUACAUACAUAUACGUAGUCAUACCCAUCUACAUAUACAAGCAAAUUUACUUGAGUACAAUUUAGUAACACAAGCAAAUGUAGCACACAUACUAACAUAUCUAUAUUUACCAACAAAUAACAAACUGUACCACCGAACAAGGAACUACUAUACAAGAAUAAUGAAGGGAACACCCCACCCAGUACCCUUGCUCUGGCUUAUACUUAGUAAAACAAGUAUAAAAUGCAAACAGUAAAUAUCACCAAACACUAUUACUCCCAUAAAUGUGCGCUUGAAUGGCUUUCUUAAGAAUUUUUCACAAACGACAAUGCAAUUCUAACAACACCAAUAAGAAGAGAAAAAAAUAAAAAACCAAAAUAAAAAAAUUGCAAACGAUAGGCACCUGCAUAUUGGGGUCCAUAUAUACUCACCUACUUACAUAUAUAUUAGGAAAUCUCACCAAAAAAAACGUUGGAUUUUCCCCCGGAAUUAUAAACUUUGUUAUAUUUGAAGACUUUCACCAAAAUAUUUCGGAAAAAUAUAAAGAUUUGCGCAAGCUGGACCAAUUUCAA